AUGAUGCCCAGUCAAUCGGGACAGCAAGGACCAAAUGUGAUGGUACUUCAGCAGCAGCAGCAACAACAGCCGGUCAGUGGUCCUCGUCCAUCGGUGCCCAAUCUUCGCACUCCGGCCGAAGUGCAGCAGUUCCUCCAACAUCUCCCGCAAAAUAUCCGCCAACAGUUGAUGCAGAUGAGACCAGAAGAGCAGUCAGAAAUGCUACGCAAACUGUUCCGGCAACAGCAUCUUCACAUGCAACAGCAGCAACAGCAACAGUUACAACAGCAGCAGUUGCAACAGCAACAACAACUACAGCAGCAGCAGUUGCAGAAACAGCAACUGCAGCAACAACAACAGCUACAGCAGCAGCAACAACAACAGAUGCAACAACAAAAUGAAUCGAACUUGCAGGUAAAAAUAAACUGUAACAAUAGGGCUUUGAAAAUCUCUUCCCUUCUUGGUAACCCGUUCAAGUAAAA